AUGUCCAUGGGCAGGACGUCCGGGCUAUUUACGCUUCUGCGCGCGAAGUUCAUUCCCACUCCCAUCGAAGACACAGAUCCACACCUCCUCGACAUCAUGUUGAGUGCGAAGAUCCGCUCCUGCUGCGGCUGCGAUCGAGCCCACGGCUAUCUGCACUUAUGUAUCGAUGCGUGCUGCAUCGACAAAAACUGUUCUUCUAUGGGCACCCUACGCAGAUACCUCUACUAUCCUCCCUCUGAUUCGGACCGGGAAGAAGACGAAUGGUGGCGCCUGGCGCAUGUGCCAACCGACAAGCUGCGCGCGUUCAAAUCUGCAUAUCUACUCGCUUCAUCCCCAGCGGACUUCAAUGACUAUGAGGAGUUCUCGCUCAUCCUUCCAGACAAGUUCUACGGCAUGCUAGGAUUCCCCUCCUCAAAACCUUGUAUACGCUUAGCGGUUAUGGUCUCCGUUCGCAGGUUGAAGUAG